AUGAUAGCAAGUCUGAGUAAGAAUUAUGGCCUACAUAGCCCAAAGGGCGGGAUGGAAGUAAGGCCGAAUAAAGGGUCAUUACAUGAAUACCAAGAUAGGCACGAGAGGCUACGAUACCAGCCUAAGAGGGGAAAUCAACAUGUGUCAUUAAGGUAUGAAGAAAUUGAUCCGCUGAAUCCCAUCCAAGAUAGAAGCAUGUGGAUUCCAAUAGGCAGAGGCAAAAAUCGGGAUGUGGCAUAUGUAUCAAGACCUUGCCUGGAAAAUGGUAAUGGUAUAGGACUAGGGGUCCAAAACUUCCUCCAAUACCUCUACGCAAAACUCAAACAAGAAGAGCUCAGAGGCAAUAUACCACUACCUACAAUACAGAGUUGGAAUGGGCGAACAAGAGCCAAGGCUGAUGCUAUGGCAUCUUUGGAGGCAGUGGCGGUCGAGGAGAUAAAGUUGCACUGA